AUGAAUAAUAAUAUUAUUAAUACAAAUUAUGAAAAAUACAUAAAGGAUAAUUCUAAAAUCGAAAAGGAAAGUAAUUUAUUUAAUGAUAAAUUUAUAAACAUAUAUAUUAAUAAAAAAAUAAGGCAUAACAAAACAUACUCUUUAAAUAAAAUUAUACAUCUUUUUUUAAGAAAGAAUAUAAUAAAAAAAAAAAAAAGUUUUAAAAAUGUAAGCAAAUAUUUAUUUAUAAUUAAAAUUAUUUUUGUAGUUCUUUUAAAGAAUAAAAAUAGUUUUAGGAAAGUGUCUUUUCUUUUAAAUAGAUUUCUAAUUAAAUGCGUUUAUGAACUCUUUAUAUUUGUAAGUAAAAGCUUAUAUCUAAAAAAAUAUAAAAAAUUGAAAUACACUUUUUUGAAAAAUUCAUUUAAUCAAUAUUACAUACCUGCAGAAAAUUUGAUUAAAUAUAUAUUAAUAAAGAGGUAUUUAAUAUAUAUUUAUAAUAUUAUUUAUAAACAUGCUUGUGAUAUACUAAAGUAUAACAAUAAUUUGAGUAGAGAAAGCAUUUACUUCUUGUACUUAAAGGAUAAUUGUCAUUUUUAUAAUGAUAAAAAUAACAACUUUCAUAAAGAAAAUGAUGCUUCCUUUGAUAAGGAAAAAAAAAAUAUUCGGAAAAUUUUAAAGGAAUAUGCAAACAAAAAAAAUAUAAAGAACAUUCAUGAAAAUAAGAUAAAACUUGUAUUACAACUAAGUAAAAAAAUACAAGAUAUACCUACUAAUAAGAAAUUUAAGAAGGAUUUUAGCAGCUUUUUAACUAUUUUAUAUAUUUAUAAAUAUAAUCCAUUUCUUUAUUUAAAAAAAUUUCUCGCAAAAAAAAGAGAGACUACUUGUAAAAAUCUGAAUUUUUCUAUAUUAAAAAAAAAAAAAAUUCAAGUUCAUAAAACAAGAAUCUUCAUUAAAAAAAAAAAUUUUCUUAAAAAUAAUAAUUAUAAAGAAAUAUUUAUAAAAUGCAAAAAUUUUUUUUAUAGCAUUUUAUCAUUUAUAAAUAAUAAGAAAAAUGAUUUAAUUAUUCACAAUGAAUAUAAAAUUAUAAGUAAUUAUCUACUUAAUAAACUUGAUUAUUCUAAGUUAAAAAAAAAUGAUUUAAGAUUUUGUCUUAUAACUUAUUUCUGCAUUUUAAAAAGUAUUAAUAAUAUUAUAAAUAUGAGGGUAAGUAUAGUUAAUAUGUGGAAUAUAAUAAAAAAGGAUAAUGUUUUAUUAUUUCUGUUUAAUUUAUCAAGUAAUUUUUCUAUCUUAUUAAUAAAAAUAGUCUUAUAUUCUAAGAAACGUAAAUUUUUAUAUUUACUAAAAAAGAAGAAUUAUAAGAAAAGAUUUUGUAUAAAUAAAAAAAAAAAAAUCACAUUCCAUGUAGGUAAUAAUAGAAUUAUUACAGAAAAUAUUAAUCAUAAGAUAUCUUUAUUUAACUUUAGAAAAAAUAUAUUAUGUAAAUACGAUACUAAAAGCAUAUUUAAAAAAUACUGUUACAUAAAAAAGAAAGUAGAUAAUUUUUUAAAAAAAGAAAAUACUAUUAAAUACAACUAUGAUAAAAAAUUAAAAAGUCUUUUUAUUAAUUUUAUUUUUAGAAAAUGCAAUUAUCUUAAUUUUAUAUUUAAUGAAAAUGGCAAUCAUUACUCGUGUCAAAAUAAAUUUAUUAUUAAUAAUAUGAUAUUUUAUACAAAAAAAAACAUAAAUUUAUAUGAAUUAAAUAAAAAAAAGAAACUACCAUUUUUUUUUUUAAACAGCAAAAAAAAAUUUAGAGAAAUAAAAGUACGAACACACAAAAAUGAAAAUAACAACAUUAAAGAAAAUUGCAUAAUUGAUUUAAUAAUUAAACUAAUAAAAAAAAAGAAAUUUAUCAUAAACUUUUGUUAUAAAAUAAGAGAUAUUGUUUUUAAUAUUAAAAACAAAAAAUUUCAAGAAAUUACGAAAUAUUUGUUAAUUUUAAAAAAUUUUAUAAAUAAUUAUCAAAGAUUAUUUUUUAAAGUUUUAAAAUUUUUGGAAUACCUCAAGUUGUCUUCUUAUAGAAUGUUAGAUAGAAAAUUAACUCAUUAUAGUGUCAUUUCCUUUCAGGAAAAUAUUAAAAAUAUAUACAUGAAAAGCAAAAAAAGUAAUAUGAUAUUUGCUCCUUUGCAUUUUAUAGACAUGAACAGAAAAAAUUCUAUAGAAAUAUGCUUAUUAUUUAUAUAUUUAAUAAUUAAUAUUAUUAUAUCAUAUGUAUAUUUAUUAUAUAAUAGCUUAUUGAAAUAUAAGGAAGAUGCUAAAAAAACUUAUAUAUUAUUUAAAAUUAUAAUUUUUAACAAAUAUGGUAUUUUGCAUAUAAAAAGGGAAAUAAAUUAUCUUAUGAUUAAGAAAAGAAGAUUUAGCAAUAUUCUACGUAAAAAAAAUAAAAAUAUAUUUUAUGAGAGUAAUUUCUUUUUAUGUAUUUAUAGAAUUAUAAAAAGUAUAAGUGUAAUCAGAUUUUCCUGUAUAUUUUUUCGUUAUACUAAAAAAAUAAGAAAUAUAAAAAUUAUUUUAAUAAAUUUUUUAUUAAUUUUUUUAAGAUCAAUUAAAAAAUAUUAUAGUAGUGAUAUUUUUUCUUCAAAAAGGAAUUGCAUUUUAAAAGAAUUGAAAAAAAAGGAAUACACAAAAAAGGGAAUUUACCAACUGAAAACAAAAAAUAUAAUUCUGUUGAUUGAAAAUCAAAUUGUAUCUAUUUUUUUAAAAAAAAGAAUAUUUUUUUAUUUUGAAACCUUUUUUAUUUUAAAUAAUAAAAGAAAAAGAAGAGAAAAUUUUAUUUCACUUAAAUCAUCUAUGCAUAUUAUAAACGAUGCUAUUUUUAAUAAUAAAAAAAAAUUUAUUUUAUUAUAUAAGUAUUAUAAAAUAUAUUUAGAAUUCCUUAUUUUAGCAGGAAAAUUAAAAUUUUUUAAGAAGAAAAAUAUUUUUUAUAGAAAUAAUUUUUUAAUAUUAAAUGAACCGUUGUUUUGUAGAAUAUUUUAUUACCAGAGGUAUUAUCUUAAAAAUGAUUUUUACAUACAUAUGGUAAGUAAAUAUUUCUUAUUUUAUGUUAUUAUGUGUUAUUUAAGGAAAUCAAAAAAAGCUUUAAAAUGUAAAAAAAUUUUUUUAAAAAUACUUACACUUUUGUCAUUACAAAAAAACUUUACAUUAGAAUAUUAUUUUUAUAAAAUGAAAAUUUUAGAAUUUAUGUUAUAUUACAUAAAUUAUAUGAUGGAUAAAAAAAAAAAAAAUUAUACAAAUUUAAAGUUAAAUAGUCUUAACUUUAGUAAUAGACAAAAUAAUCUACAUACAAGAAAAAUUAAAAUUAAAAAAAAGAAUAGUGAAGUUUUAGAUAUGCAUAAUACUACACCAUAUUUCAAUGGGAACUCUAAAUAUAAUAAUAACAAAAGAAAGAAAAUAUUUAUUCCUCCUUUACCAUUAAAAAAUAUUUGUAAUUCUUCAAGUUGUUUAAUUAAAAAAAGUUCAAGAGUUUCAUCUUAUCAUUCUAGCAAAUCAAAUAGAUCCCUUAUAUUUGAAAGAUUCAAUAAUUCAUCUAAAUCUAGUAAUUCAAAUUUUUUCCAUUCUUCAAAAAGGAAAUUAUAUUUGACGAAAAAUGAUUAUUUUAAAGAAAAUUACAAAAAUAAUAAAUGUACAUAUGCAUAUAAAUAUGACAGAAGAAAGAAGCAUAAUAUUUUUGUAAAAAAAAUAAGAGAUUCAUCAUCAUUAAAAUUUUUUAAUAUCCAAAACGAAUCAAAUAAAAAAAAAAUUACUAAGGAUGAUGAUAUUAUUAAUUAUGUUAUUAUAUUAAUUUUUUCUUUAAUAAUAUCCCACAACAAAAAAGACAUGAAUGAUUUUUAUUUUAAUGAAAAUUAUUACGAUGAAUAUAAAAAUAUAAAUAAAAAAAUAGAAAAAAAAAUAAUUAAAAGAAAUCAAAAAAUAAAUAUUUUAUUAGAAAAUUACUUAAAAAUAUUAAAUAAUUACUUUUCCUUUUAUAAGUUUAAUAAUCCAGAAGAUUUGAAUAUUAUGAGAAUUGUGCAGUCCUACUUAAAUCAUAAGAAAAAUAAUAAAUUAAUAAAUAGAAUAAAACAAUAUGUAAAAAAUAAUACACAAUUCAAUAUAUUAUAUAACUUAUCUAUAGCCAAAAGUCCCAAAUUAUUUAAAUUUUUCAAAAAAAUUAAAGAUGGUUCUUAUGGAAAUAUAUACAUAUGUUCUUAUUCAAUUUUUCAAAAUUAUCCAUUUAUUAUUAAGUUAAUAAAUAUAGAAAAAGAUGUUAACGAAAAUUAUGUUUUCAAAAAUAUCUAUAAUGAAAUAAAAUGUUUAUUGAAAUUUCAAUAUAAAAAUAAUAAUAUAUGUCAAAUAUACGAAUACGGAAUAAUAAAAAAUGAUAAUGAUUUCUCCUAUUACAUACUAAUGAAAUACUAUGAUAACAAUUUAAAAAAAUUUAUGAAUGUUUUACACAAUAAUUAUUUAAAAAAAAAAAAGAAAAUUAAAACUAAAGAGUUGUCAUUUUCUUCAAAAAAAACAUUAUUUUUACAAUUAAAAAAAAAGGAAAUUCUGAAGAAAUUACAAAAAAAAAAAAAAACAUACUUUUUUAAAGGAAAUAUCUAUAAUAAAAACAUUAGAAAUUUUUAUUAUCAUUUAUUAAUAAAGAUUAGUUGUAUAAAAUUGAAUAAUUUUCAAUAUAUAAUAUUUAUUUUAAGUAUUUUUAAUCAAAUUCUUGAGCAAAUUAUAAAUAUACACAACAGAGGAAUUACGCAUUUUGAUAUUAACGCCUAUAACAUACUAAUAAAUUCUAAAAAAAAAGUUCCAUUAUUAAUUUAUAAUAAUAAUUAUAUCAAUGAAUUCUUUCAUUACAAAAAAUGUAAUAAUAUUAAAAUAUUGUGUUUUUAUAAAAAUUUAUUUUCUAUACAAAAGAUUAAAAAAAAAUAUUUUUUUAAGAAACUCAUUUCUAAAAGGAAUAAAAGGUUUAGUAAAAACUACAAAAUAACCUAUGUACCUUCAAUUGUUAUAAAUGAUUUUGGUGAAAGUAAAUUUUUUUUUAAUAAUAAAAAUUUUGUUUUUUUUAGAAAAAACAGAGGCAACGAAAUAUUAGCAUCACCUGAGUUAAUGAAUAAAAAUGUACAAAAUAUUAAUCAAAAAAGAAGUAAAACAUCUAUUAUUCCUAAUUAUAAGAAUUACAAAAAGGUCAAUAGAAAUAAUACAUUAACAAUUUUUAGAAAUAAAGUAUGUAAAAGAAAAAAAUAUAUCUUUUUGAAUAGUGUGUCUUUAUUUUCAUUUAAUAAAUACGUAACAAAAAUAAGAAUUAUGAUAAUGAAAAAGUUAAAGAAAAAAUAUAAAUUUCAAAAAAGAAAAGAAAAAAUAUAUAAAAGUGAUGUUUGGAUAUUGGGAACUUUAUUAUAUGAGAUAAUUACUAAUAAAAGUUUAAUGAAUGCAUAUAAUUUUUUAUACAUAAAAAUAUAUGAAAAAAAAAACAUAUUAGAUAAAAUUAUUGAUAGAACAAUUAAUAAUCAGUUUAAAAAAGUAAAAGAAUUUUUGAAUUAUUUUUUUCAAUUUAAGUUAAAGAAAAGAAAAAAUUUGAAUUAUAUUUAUAGUCAAUCGAAAAUUCUCUGUAAUUAUUAUAUGAUAAAAUUAGUUGCAGAAAGUAAAAUAUUAAAGAAAUUAAAGAAAUUCAGUAAAAAUAUAUCUUACACGUAUUAUAAAAAAAGAGAAAAACCUAAAUAUGAUAUGAAAAACAAGGAAGCAUAUUUAAUUAAUAACAGUUUUUUAUAUAAUGAAAAGUAUAACAUAUUGUUAAAUAUAAAAAAGAAAAAAAAAAAGAAUUUUGAAUGUUGUUAUUCUAUAAAAAAAAAGUUUAAAUAUUUCAUUUUUUAUAUACAAAAGAAAAUUUAUUCUUUUAAUAAAUAUAAUUUUAAUAGUUGCUUAGUUGAUGAGAACAAUUUUGAUAAUUUUUCAAUAAAUUUAUUUAAAUCCCAUAAUUCAUCAAAUAUUUAUUUUCCAAUAAAACUCGUUAAUCAAAUUUUAAAUAGUCUAGUAAAGUACAAUGUAGUUAAGGUUUAUAAUUUUUAUUUUAUUUUUAAGAUAGAUGAGAGAAUUAAAGAAUUUUUAUUUGUAAAUAAUUUUAAUAAACAAACAAUUUUCUAUUUUUCUUCUAUUUUUCAAGAUUUAGACUUCUUAAAUCAAUUAGAUAGCAGAAUUAUAAAAGUCCAAAACUUAUAUUUUAAGAAAAGAUUAUUUUAUAAAAAAAACAAGAAUACAAAAAAAAUAUUCUUCAAAUAUUUAAGUUUUCCGUUGAAAAAAUACAAGUUGGUUUUUAAUAAUUUUUAUAAAAUUUCAAAAAUAAAAAUUUAUAAAAAUUAUUUGAAGAAUCUUUCUUAUUUUUUUCUUUUCUUCUUUAUCAAUAUUCAACUGAAACUUAAAAUGAAUUCCAAUUAUGAGAAAAAAAUUUAUUUUUUUAUUUUAAACAAUCAACAGAAUCAGAAUUAUUCCUUUUUAAAAAACCCUUCUUAUUAUAAUUUCUCAAAUAUUUUUUUAUUAUUUUUUUUUUGUGUUAUAUACAAAAUAAAUUUAAUAGAAUUAUUUUUUUUUUUAAAGGAACAUACAGCUAUUUCCUUUUCAGAUAUGGACUUUAAUGUUUUAAGAACAAUUAUAAAUAAUUUUUUUUAA